GAGAGCAAGAGAGGGGGGGGUGGGUUGGGAAGAAAGAUGGCGGAUCAAAUCCCUCUGCACCCGGUACCGCGCAGCACCCAACGGAGGGCGGCUUAUUACACCAAAGCCUCGGCCUCACAGAGGCAUAACAGAUACCCAAUAGAAGAUGAGCCCUCUCACUUGGAUGAGAUGCCUCUAAUGAUGUCAGAAGAAGGCUUUGAAAAUGAUGAAAGUGAUUACCAUACAUUACCAAGAGCAAGGAUUUCUCAAAGAAAAAGAGGUUUAGAGUGGUUCAUCUGUGGUGGCUGGAAAUUUCUUUGCACCAGUUGCUGUGAUUGGCUUAUAAACAUUUGCCGGAGGAAAAAAGAACUUAAGGCACGCACAGUUUGGCUUGGAUGUCCUGAAAAAUGUGAAGAAAAGUAUCCAAGAAAUGCUAUAAAAAACCAAAAAUACAAUGUCUUUACAUUUAUACCUGGGGUUUUAUAUGAACAAUUCAAGUUUUUCUUGAACCUUUAUUUUCUGGUAGUCUCCUGCUCACAGUUUGUACCGGCAUUGAAAAUAGGCUACCUCUACACCUAUUGGGCUCCUCUGGGAUUUGUUUUGGCUGUCACCAUUCUGCGGGAAGCAGUUGAUGAAUUUCGUCGUUAUAAACGAGACAAGGAGAUGAAUUCUCAAUUAUAUGGCAAACUUACAGUACGAGGUAAAGUGCAAGUUAAAAGCUCAGACAUUCAAGUUGGAGACCUCAUCAUAGUGGAAAAGAAUCAACGAAUUCCAUCUGAUAUGGUAUUUCUAAGAACUUCAGAAAAAACAGGUUCCUGUUUUAUUCGAACUGAUCAGCUGGAUGGAGAGACAGACUGGAAACUAAAAGUUGCUGUUAGUUGCACACAGAGAUUACCAGCUUUAGGGGACCUGUUUUCAAUCAAUGCGUAUGUUUAUGCUCAAAAGCCUCAAAUGGAUAUUCACAGCUUUGAAGGUACCUUUACACGGGAAGACAGUGAUCCAACUGUUCACGAGAGCCUAAGCAUAGAAAAUACACUAUGGGCAAGCACUGUUGUUGCGUCAGGAACAGUAAUUGGUGUUGUUAUUUACACUGGAAAAGAGACUCGAAGUGUAAUGAACACAUCAAAUCCAAAGAAUAAGGUUGGUUUGCUGGAUCUUGAACUGAAUCAACUGACCAAAGCACUGUUCUUGGCUCUAGUUGCACUUUCUGUUGUUAUGGUAACCUUGCAAGGAUUUGUGGGACCAUGGUACCGCAAUCUUUUUCGCUUUCUUCUCCUUUUUUCUUAUAUAAUCCCAAUCAGUUUACGUGUAAAUCUAGAUAUGGGAAAAGCAGCAUAUGGUUGGAUGAUUAUGAAGGAUGAUAAUAUACCUGGAACAGUUGUCAGGACAAGUACCAUACCUGAAGAGUUGGGACGCCUUGUAUAUCUACUGACAGAUAAAACAGGUACACUGACCCAGAAUGAGAUGAUAUUUAAGCGCCUCCACCUAGGUACUGUUUCAUAUGGAACAGACACAAUGGAUGAAAUUCAAAAUCAUAUUAUCAAUUCAUAUUCCCAGAUGCAUACACAGUCUACUGGAAACAGUACCAGCUCAACACCCUCCAGAAAGAUGCAGUCCUCUACCCCUAAAGUUCGAAAAACGGUCAGCAAUCGAAUACACGAAGCAGUAAAAGCUAUUGCAUUGUGUCACAAUGUUACACCUGUGUAUGAAUCCCGAACAGGAGUGACUGGAGAAACAGAAUAUGCAGAGGUAGAUCAGGAUUUCAGUGAUGAAAAUAGAACUUACCAAGCUUCAAGCCCUGAUGAGGUAGCUUUGGUUCUGUGGACAGAAAGUGUUGGUCUUACUUUGGUGAAUAGGGAUUUGACUUCAAUGCAACUGAAAACCCCCAGUGGACAGAUUCUGACAUACUAUAUUCUGCAAAUUUUCCCUUUCACAUCUGAGAGCAAGCGAAUGGGAAUCAUAGUGAGGGAUGAAUCUACAGGUGAAAUCAUGUUUUAUAUGAAAGGUGCAGAUGUUGCAAUGUCCUCCAUUGUUCAGUAUAAUGAUUGGCUAGAAGAGGAGUGUGGUAACAUGGCAAGAGAAGGUCUGCGCACUUUGGUUGUUGCCAAAAAAUCCUUAACAGAAGAACAAUAUCAGGAUUUUGAGAAUCGAUAUAACCAAGCAAAAUUAAGUAUACAUGACAGGAUGCUCAAGGUGGCUGCAGUUGUAGAGAGUCUAGAAAGAGAAAUGGAAUUAUUGUGUCUCACUGGAGUUGAAGAUCAAUUACAGGCUGAUGUUAGGCCAACGUUAGAGAUGCUACGGAAUGCUGGAAUAAAGAUAUGGAUGCUAACAGGAGAUAAAUUGGAGACUGCAACUUGUAUUGCAAAAAGUUCCCAUUUAGUGUCUAGGAGCCAAGAUAUUCAUAUUUUCAGACCCGUAACCAGCCGUGGAGAAGCUCAUUUGGAAUUAAAUGCAUUCAGAAGGAAACAUGAUUGUGCUUUAGUAAUAUCUGGUGACUCUCUGGAGGUAAUGGCCUAGCUUUCAUCAAUUGCUGAUAAUGUUGUUUGUGCAGGUAGGUAGAUUGGUAGGCUUUCCAAAGGAGUCCCAAGCAGUGAAACCAAGAGUCACAUUUGUUUUAAAUCAACACAACAUCUAAAUACUAGUUAGUUAGAUAAUACUAAUC